AUCAGUCAUGCCAUCUUCACCACCAUAUUCUGGAUUCGCACUCCGUAGCGACGAGAAUGGCUCUCAAUUCCAAAUUCAUGCAACUUUAUGGUUAUGAUCUGUUGUUGGGUUCGAUUGCCGCUUUUUAUGUGUUCAUGGCACCUUACACAAAGGUCGAAGAAAGCUUCAAUGUUCAGGCAAUGCACGACAUAUUAUAUCAUCGGCAUCAGAUAGAGAAGUAUGAUCACUUGGAAUUUCCUGGAGUUGUUCCUCGUACAUUUAUAGGUGCCCUGUUCGUAUCAAUUUUAGCCUCUCCAUUUGUCCUAGCAGCAAGUUUAUUACACUUGCCAAAAAUAUACAGCCUUUACGCAGUUCGUUUGGUGUUAGGUUGCAUUAUCCUGUCUACACUGCGCCUCUUCCGCAUUCAGAUCCGGAAAAAUUUUGGUUCUCAGGUUGAAGUGUUUUUUGUAAUAUUGACUGCUCUUCAGUUUCACAUGCUGUUCUACUGCACACGCCCCCUUCCUAACAUAUUGGCGUUUGGUCUAGUUAACUUGGCGUAUGAUUAUUGGUUUAAGGGAAGUUUUUAUGCAGCAUUAAACUAUUUGAUUUUUGCUACCAUCGUUUUCAGAUGUGACAUCUUGUUACUUGUUUCACCUUUGGGCCUGGAGCUACUGCUGUCUAGGUCAAUUUCAUUACGAAAAGCUAUAUUAUCCUGCCUAGUAACUGCUUUGUUUUGCAUAGGUCUGACAAUUCUGGUGGAUUCAGUCCUAUGGAGGAAGUUGUUGUGGCCUGAACUGGAAGUUUUUUGGUUCAACUCAGUCUUGAAUCGGAGUUCUGAAUGGGGUACACAUUCAUUUCUCUGGUACUUCACAUCAGCACUUCCCCGUUCCUUGCUGGCAGCAUAUCCGCUCUUUCUGCUUGGUGUUUUACUUGACAGAAGGAUUCGGUUCUAUGUUAUUCCUGUUUUAUCAUUUGUUUUGCUUUAUUCAAAACUUCCACAUAAGGAACUCCGUUUCAUUAUUAGCUCUCUUCCUAUCUUCAAUUUAUCAGCUGCAAUCGCUGCUAGCAGAAUCUAUAACAAUAGGAAGAAGAGUUUCUGGAAAUAUCUUCAUGUUGCCAUGCUGGGGUUGUUCCUGAUCAGUCUAGGGUGUACGGUCUUGACAUUUAUGGCAUCGUACGAGAACUAUCCUAGCGGUCAUGCCCUAAAAGCUUUGCAUAAGAUGGGGCAUUUAACAAACAAUUCAAAGGAAGUGUGGGUUCAUAUCGACACCUUCUCAGCAAUGAAUGGAAUCUCGCGCUUCUGUGAAAAUAAUGAACCGUGGCGGUACUCAAAAGAAGAAGGGAUUCUGUUGCAAGAAUUUCAGGGUAGAAAUUUUACUUACCUUUUGAGCGAACAUGCUCUCAUCCAUGGUUACAAGUGUCUAUUUAGCACAAAGGGUUUUUCUGGGGCGCGUCUUCAUGUUGGAUUUCCCCCCAUGUCACUGGUAAAAAGACCCAAGGUUUAUGUCCAUGGAAAUGAGGCAAACGAGGAAGUAAUCUAUCGUACCUGGCCUGGAUGCUAAUUUUACUGAUUGAAGAGUCAUAGCACCACCACCACACAACUCCACAACUUCACCUCCCUCUACCUCUCGGGACGACCUAUCCAUGGAUCAACCUGCAGAAAUCUUUACAGCUUCAGCUUGUCAAACCCUACAAAUGUUUUCUAAUUCUAGUGCCUUGGAAUCAGCUGGAGUUAGAAUCAUCAGGAAUCUCGGACAGUUUAGUCUAGGUUGUGCAACAUUUAUAUGCACUGCCGCUUUCAUUGUCCUUGUCUGGAUUAUCAAUACUGUGUUUGGUUGUUGUAACAAAAAGUCAUAUUCCACUACUUUCUUUUUCUGUGUAUGAUCCCUGAGUUUUUUGCACUUGGCAAGACAAUCAAGAAACGACUUCUGCUGUAUCUUGUGCUUGUUUUCUUGUUUCUAUUAAUUAAUUUGCCGAUAUUUUAUGUUAUAAAACGUUUGGUUUGUAA